AUGUCGCCCCACAGCACCACCGAUAUGGGGGACACAACCGUCACGAACGGCUCCCACAAUGCAGACCCAGUCCCCCAAUUGGUGAACGGCACUGCGAAUGGGCACUCGGCACCAGAUAUUCCCAAUAGUCGAUACCUUGAACCCACAAAUGCUGACUCGGAGCUCGACCUGAUCUGUGUUGGCUUCGGACCCGCCAGCGUGGCGAUUGCGGUCGCUCUCCAUGAUGCCAUGGAGGCCGGCAAGAUGGUUCAGACGCCCAAAGUCUUGUUCCUGGAGAAGCAGCCUCAGUUCGCCUGGCACGCCGGCAUGUUGCUGCCGGGCGCUAAGAUGCAGAUUUCCUUCGUCAAGGACCUCGCUUCCCUCCGAGACCCACGAUCCAACUUCACCUUCCUCAACUAUCUCCACAAAAACAACCGGCUGGUGGACUUCAUCAAUCUGAGCACCUUCCUUCCCGCGCGGGCCGAGUAUGAAGACUAUCUCCGGUGGUGUGCUCGGCAUUUUGACCACGUUGUCCGGUACCAAACCGAGGUGGUUUCCAUCUCCCCUAUCCAGGAGGAAGGGCCACAUAAACUGUUUGCUGUGACUUCUCGCAACGUCAAGACCGGCGCCAUCACCACUUCCCGUGCCCGGAACGUUGUCGUUGCCGCCGGCGGGCAGGCGUCUAUCCCCAAGAUCUUUCCGGCACGCCACCCCCGAGUUAUCCACUCGUCGCAGUACGCGCAACUAGUCCCCAAGAUCCUCGGCGACAAGACGGCGCCGUACCGCGUGGCCGUCGUUGGGGCUGGGCAGAGCGCUGCCGAGAUUUACAGCAACCUCCAGGGUCUGUAUCCCAACAGCAAGACGCACCUGGUUAUGCGAAGCGAAUUCCUGAAGCCGAGUGACGAUUCGCCGUUCGUCAAUUCCAUCUUCAACCCCGAAUUCAUCGACACUGUCUACCCCAAACCCUCCGCUUACCGCGCCAACCUCCUCGCUGAUGCGCGGGCUACAAACUAUGGCGUUGUGAGGCUGGAGCUGAUUGAACAUUUGUUUGAGGUCAUGUACCACCAAAAGCGCACUCUCGGUCCCGAUGAGAAGAAGUGGCCGCACCGCAUCCUAGCCGGACGAGAUAUCGUGGCUGUUGACGAUAGCGGUGACGCGCUUCGCCUCAAGGUCGCCAUGCUCUCCUUCCCUGGUGCCCAAGACGGGCCUCUACUGGGCGAGGAAGAUUUGGAUGUCGACCUCGUUAUUUGUGCCACCGGCUACAACCGCACAGCCCAUAUCGACAUGCUGAAAGACGCUUGGCAUCUCCUUCCAGCGGCUGUGGAUGUCGAGAAGGGAGCUUUGAGAAAGGACCGUUGGCUGGUGGAGACUCGCAAGGCCGAGAACACGUCUACUAGAGUGAUGGAGGUUGGUCGCGACUAUGGAGUCCGCUUUUCUUCCGGAGCUGUUGCCCCAGGCUCGGGCGUUUGGCUUCAGGGCUGCUGCGAGGCAACUCAUGGUUUGAGUGAUACCCUUCUUUCUGUUUUGUCUACACGGUCCGGAGAAAUGGUUCAAUCCAUCUUCGGCGUCCCAGCAUGA